AUGUCAGAAAACAACGAGGAGGAUAGAUCGGGGGGAGACAAUGAUCGUAACGACAAUGAUAUCAAGGAAACUCGAGAGGACGAAGAGGUGAAGAUAAUAGGGACGGAGAAACGUUGCGUGCGAUGCAAAGAAGUGAAAAUCAAGACCGAGGUGCUCGACGAGAUCGAGAAUUUCUCGGCUAACGACGAGCUCGACAUUGACGACGCUUACGAGAGCGAGGCGAGGAGGAAGAGGCACAAGAGGGGGCAGAAGGGAAGGGGAGGUUGCCCCCCGAUCAAGAAGGAGAUGAAUCUGGACGAAUAUGUGGAUUUCGAGGAGUACAUAGAGGCGUUGACUACAGGGAAACGAUUGAUCUGCAGCGUGUGCAGGAUCGAGUUCCCUGAUGAGGCGGAGUUCAAGACGCACAUGGUGGGGCACAGCCAUGGAAAAUUGUUCCAGUGCGGUAUCUGCAGGAAACAAUUUUCACGGUCGUCUGCACUGAAGGACCACCUUCGUCUUCACGAGACGUUCAAAGCGUUCAUAUGCAGGCACUGCAGCCUUCGAUUUCAGCAGAGGGACCAGUUGAGGAUGCACCAGGCCGAGGUGCACUCGAGCCGAAGGCCGUUCGAGUGCGGUGUCUGCAAGAAGAAGCUGCUCCACCGGCAGUCGUUGCGCGAUCACAAGCUGAUGCACACCAACGUGAAGCCGUUCGAGUGCUCCAUCUGCAAGAAGAGAUUCCUCAGGCCGAGCAGCCUGAGGGCGCACAUGAUCGUUCACACAGCCGACUCGCCGUUCGAGUGCGACCUCUGCCCCGCCAAGUUCAAGAGAUCUUCCGUGUUGAAGACGCACAAGUUGACGCACACAGGGGUGAGAAGGUUCGAGUGCGACAUCUGCAAGCACCGGUUCCAUCUGAAGGGCGCUUUGAAACACCACAUUCUGUCCCAUUACGGAGUGAGGCCGUAUAAAUGCGAGGACUGCGGUAAAUGUUACAGGAGGUCGUGGGGCCUGAAGGUGCACAGAUAUCGUCACACAGGUGUGAAACGAUUCGAGUGUGACCUGUGCAAGUCACGAUUCAGCGUGAAAACGAAGCUGGCCAAGCACAUUUACGGCCACAUCGGGGAAAAACCGUACAAGUGCGAUUUCUGCGGUCGCCAAUAUGGCGAACGUUACCAAUUGAAGGCACACAAAUGCGGGAACCCGUCCAAGACGAGGAUCGAUAGAUCGUUCGCCGACUCGAUCACCCAGAUCGUCUUCUUCCAUCCAAAAUCGACCAACAUCUCGUUCGAUUCGAGUACAAAGAGUUUUAUCCAACUGUGAGGGAACGCGUUGAGUCGACGAAUCUCGCCCAUAAUAAAAAAAAAAAAGUGAACUGAUUGAUAGCGGAUGGAUCGGUUCGUUACUUUCGACACGUUGAAAGAAGAAACAAAAUGUGCGCGUGUGUGUGUGUGUGUGUGUGUUUGUGUAUAUAGGUUGCUCGUUUUGUACGUUCGAUUUGUACAAUACAAAUGCAAGAAAACUCGAGAUUUGAUUAAUUUAUAUAAAUAAGGAGGGGAUUAAAAAAAGAAUUCGUUCCGUAUAGAAUGUAAGUAACAUGUAAAAUCGAAAAUCGUUAGUGUAAUUAAAUCUUAUGCGAGUUCAAUGAUUCUUCGUAUGAUAUACGCAAUUUCAUUAUAUGGCGUGAUAUCACGAUUUGAAAUCGAUCCUUGCAAUUUCGAUGUUCUUUUUUUCUUUCGUUUUUUAAAUGUAAUUUAGCGAGCGAGUUCGAGGUAAAUUUCAAAUAUAAAGUUUUAAGGUUCGAUGUUCUCAAAUUUAUAUUCGAAACGAUGGAAAAAAAAAAAAAAUAAUGAAAUUUUAAUUAUAUCGAAAUACGAUUGGGAUUGGAUCAAUUAAAUUGUGGGGAAAAAAAUGGAAUGUUCAAAAAGAGAAAUUUGCAAACACGAAUUAAAUCGGUAUUUAAUCGAGUCGAAUGGAAUUUUUCUUUGUAAAAAAAAAUAUUAAAAUUAUCAUCGAUCCUAAACCGAAUGAUCCAACGUACCGCCAAGUCACGUCCACCUUUAAUGGUGGCGGAUUUUGGAUCUUUGGAUCUCGUGUUUGCAUGCCUGUACAGAUUUAAUAAAGAAUCAACCUUAAUAACCACCGUGCCGGGGAAUGAAUGCCAGAAUUAAUUCGAAUCCGACUCGAUACGGAUCGCCUUUGAACGGCUUUGAACGCGGCAUACCUCGAAGCUUGCAAGAAGCUUGCCUUGAUUCGUCAUCAAGAUGGCUCGAGGUGUAAUCAUAGUGCAUUGCUUGCGUAUAACCGAGAGACGUGAUCGAAUUCGAUGAGAGAGGUUUGAUUGUUUAAUCGAACAUUAUACGUGGACAAUAGUUUCGUUACUUACUUUGGGAAAGGAUUCUUUGAUGAU